UUACAUGUCUCUCUCCACAUCUCUGUUCACUCGCUUCUUAAAUCUAGGAAAAUUCCAGUUCCUCGUCAGAAUCAAAAUGCCCUUUCUUAGAAGUUUUAGAUUUAAUCUCUUUUUAGUAUAUCUCUUAGCUACUUGGGUUCAAAUCCAAACCAAAGUGGAAAGUUACGAAUACAAAGUUGGAGAUCUAGAUUCCUGGGGGAUCCCCAUUUCAUCAAAUUCACAAGUCUAUGAGAAAUGGUCAAAAUAUCACAACCUCAAGAUCGGUGAUUCCCUCUUGUUUCUGUACCCACCAAGCCAAGAUUCAUUGAUUCAAGUGACAGAGGAGUCCUACAAGAGCUGCAACCUUAAAGAUCCAAUCUUGUACAUGAACAAUGGGAACUCGUUGUUCAACAUUACAUCAGUAGGGGAGUUUUACUUCACCAGUGCAGAGUUUGGUCAUUGCCAAAAGCAUCAAAAACUUCACAUAACUGUUGGAGUUGGAGGAAACACCGACACACUUUCUCCAUCUUCACUGCCUCAAUCUGCACCUUCUUAUCCAACUGCUUUUGGCGACAUUCCCAUGUCUCCUAGUACUUCUUCAGCUCACCAAAAUUUCAAAUUAUCACUCAUAGUUACUGGGUUCUUUUUAUAUUUCCUAAUGCUAUGCAACCAUUGAUAUAUAUGUAUAUUUUUUUGUUUUUCUUUUAAUUCAUUACUCUUUUCCAUUGUAAGACCGGAUCAAAUGGUUCCUUAAAAUUAAUAAAUUCGUAUACAAUUUAUUAGAUUUCACAAUCUUAAGCUAAAUUCAGGGU